AUGACUGGUGAGAUUCGAGAGCUCAGUUUCUGUACACGAUCCUUCGCCGUUGGUUGGGUAAAGCUUGGAAAUCGUUGGGUGGAGCUUGGAAUCCGUUGGGUGGAGCUUGGAAUCCGUUGGGUGGAGCUUGGAAUCCGUUGGGUGGAGCUUGGAAAUCGUUGGGUGGAGCUUGGAAUCCGUUGGGUGGAGCUUGGAAGCCGUUGGGUGGAGCUUGGAAGCCGUUGGGCGGAGCUUGGAAAGGUGAAACCUGGCGGUGGAUGUGUGAAACCUGGCGGUGGAUGUGUGAAACCUGGCGGUGGAUGUGUGAAACCUGGCGGUGGAUGUGUGAAACCCGGCGGUGGAUGUGUGAAACCUGGCGGUGGAUGUGUGAAACCUGGCGGUGGAUGUGUGAAACCUGGCGGUGGAUGUGUGAAACCUGGCGAUGAACUUAGAUAUGCUCAAGUGAAAACGGAGGUUUUCGACUUAGAAUAUGAAUAUGUUUAUGGAGUGUUUAUGGUAUUGUCACGACAGAAACCGAUUGAAGAUGUACUCAAGGACUCAACCGAAUUAUGCAAGAAUGUGAAGAGGAUUCUGGAGGUUAAUUAUAGUGGGGAUAGGGUAUCAGCUAGUGAGGAACCUGCAAAUAAGAAAUGCCCGUAUAGAAGAGGUAAUCAAGAAAAAUAG